GUGACAAACGGGAGCGCGCUUACGACACAACAGGAAGUGAGCUCGGUGGUUGCUAACGAGCGACGCUAAGAAGAAGAAAAAGUUGUUUCAGCGGACAUAACUUCAGGCUUGUUUACAAAGAGACUUAAAGAUGUCUUCAGGCGCUCUCUUUCCAAGCUUGGUGAGCGGCUCUCGGGGAAGCUCCAGUAAAUACCUAGUGGAGUUUCGUGCCGGGAAAAUGACCUUGAAGGGAAACGUAGUGACACCAGACAAACGCAAGGGCAUGGUGUACAUCCAGCAGUCUGACGACUCCCUGAUUCACUUCUGCUGGAAGGACAGGACAUCUGGGAACGUUGAUGAUGACCUGAUCAUCUUUCCUGAUGACUGUGAAUUCAAAAAAGUGAGCCAGUGCACCACCGGACGCGUCUUUGUGCUGAAGUUCAAAGCCGGAUCUAAAAGGCUCUUCUUCUGGAUGCAGGAGCCAAAGAGCGACAAGGAUGACGAGUACUGCCGUAAGGUCAACGAGUACCUGAACAACCCUCCCAUUCCCGGAGCGGGAGGGAGCGGCGGCGGCAGCGGCCACGAGCUCUCUGCGCUCGGAGGAGAGGGAGGCCUGCAGAACCUGCUGGGAAACAUGAGCCACAACCAGCUGAUGCAGCUGAUCGGACCGACGGGACUGGGAGGACUGGGAGGUCUGGGAGCUCUAGCAGGACCAGGACUUGCUAACUUGCUGGGCAGCGGAGGACCAGCGACCAGCAGCUCGUCGUCCAGCUCUCGCAGUCAGUCGGCGGCCGCCACUCCUUCAUCAGGCGGAGCGCCCAGAGUGAGCUCCUCUCAGGCCCCCACCACCCCCGUGACGCCCGCCGCCGCAGCCGCCUCCCCGACCAGCGUCGCUCCCUCCACACCAGCCUCGGCUCAGACCCCGCUGGCGCCCGCCUCGGUCGGAAGUCCCUCCUCCCACCAGCCCAUCCAGCUCAGCGACCUUCAGAGCAUCCUCGCCACCAUGAACGUCCCGGCGGCGGCUGCGCAGGGAGCAGCGGUGGAUCUUGCGAGCGUCUGCACCCCGGAGAUGAUGGCUCCCAUCCUGACCAACGCCGAGGUGCAGCAGAGGCUGCUGCCCUUCCUGCCCAGCGGAGAGAGUUUACCGCAGAGCGCCGAGGAGAUCCAGAACACCAUCAACUCGCCGCAGUUCCAACAGUCGAUGAGUAUGUUCAGCAGUGCCUUGGCCUCCGGGCAGCUCGGCCCCCUCAUGAGCCAGUUUGGUCUGCCGGCAGAAGCCGUGGACGCCGCCAACCGAGGAGAUGUGGAGGCGUUUGCCAAAGCCAUGCAGGGCAACAAAGGAGACUCCAAAGACAAGAAAGACGACGACGAGGACAUGAGUCUGGAUUAAAGCUCGGACCUCCGUAAAAUCUGUGAUUCCUCUUCCAGCUCUUCUUCUUCUCCCGCCUCUCUUUCCUGUCGUCUUACUCCGAAACCAAAGGCGGCGCUCAGCUCGUCACUCAGGGUCAGCGGAGCUGUGGACACAUGAACGUUAGAGCAGAUUUAACUGUGAGCGACUUCAGCAGCUCGGGUUUGUUGUAGUGAACAUUUUAUUCUGAAAGGACAGUUUUGUGAGGAAGUUAAGUUUCUUUCU